AUGCGACCUUCCACUGCUGUCCCGACCGUGCCGCUGAUGCCUUUUGAUUCAAAGUCAGGAUGGCGCAUGUCGUCCAUCCCAUCCCCCGUGUCGCGGAGUGGGACGCCCGCAGAUGCUGAAACCCCUCUCAGCUCCGCGACUCAUGCUCUAGAAGAGCGACAGCUGCUAAGUUUCUCCGAUGACGACCAAGCAAUUGACCAUGAAAAUCGUACCGCGCCACUGAUAACUUGCGAGGCGUACUUGCGAGCGGACUCAGGCAGCAGGCCAUCUCAGUAUGGCCUUCUGGGCGUAAUCCGCACCAUACAUGAUCGCAAAGAGCAGGAAACGCCCCACGAGAACCGAUUGUACAUAAACGUCAAUGCGCCCCUGUCAGCAAUUGUUUGUGGAGUGCAAGGCUCCGGCAAAUCCCAUACGGUGUCUGUGAUUCUAGAAAACAUGCUAAUCCCCCACUAUCGGCCCAUUGGCCGUUCUGAAACGGCGCUCGCAGGACUUGUCCUUCACGUCGGUGAGGGCGGACCGUCUUCCCUCCCCAACGAAACGGCCUGGCUGGGCCGCACAAGUCACCCAGGAGUCCAGUUGCCGCGCAUUUGCGUGUUUGUAUCGCCAUCGUCAUUGGGUACAAUGAAGAAAAUAUAUGCUCCGCUCGGCAGCAAGAUAGAGGUCAAGCCGCUGUUAUUUUCAGAGAAAGAACUAGAUGCCGAAGCGAUUCUGUCUAUGAUGGCCGUUGGAUCAUCCGACUCGGCCCCGUUGUACAUUCAAACCGUCUUGUCGAUCCUACGUGAACUCGGCGAGAACUUCACGUACGCGCGAUUCAAGACGAAGCUGGAUGUCCACAAACAGGAGUUCAAUCCCGCGCAGCGGGCGGGGCUGAAGCAACGCAUGGAUCUGCUGGAAGCUUUCGUCAACCGAGAGAAACAGCAACCCGCACGGUUUGCGGAAGGCCAGCUGACAAUUAUUGAUCUAUCCGAUCCCAUGGUCGAUCCCGCUGCAGCAUGCACAUUGUUCGAAAUCGUCACCCGCCAAUUCGUCCGUGCGGACGUAGGUGUCAGCGGGAAAGUGCUGGUCGUCGACGAAGCGCACAAGUACCUGUCCGCGAACAAGGGCCAAUCAGGCCUGACGAAAGCAUUACUGUCUCUGAUCCGACAGCAACGACAUCUGGGUAUGCGAGUCAUCAUCAGCACGCAAGAGCCCACGGUUGUCCCGCCUGUGCUCCUUGACCUGUGCGGCGUCGCGAUUUUGCAUAGAUUCUCGUCGCCAUCGUGGUGGGACCACCUCGUGAAGCACGUCUCUGCUGACUUGCCGGAGGAUGCGUUCGACCAAAUCGUCAAGUUGCGAACAGGAGAGGCCAUCGUCCUCGCCCCGGCCGGGCUGGGUUUGAUGCGCACUCUGCUCGCAAAACAGGCCUCGUCGGCGAGUGGCAGCUCUCCACUUGAGACACAGGUGCUCCCAUUUGGGAGGCGUUAUCUCAUCGUAAAGUCCCGCCAACGUGUCACGGCCGACGGGGGUGCAUCCAUCCUGACAGUUGCUGGGUGA